UAUCCCGCUCCGCAUGUAGACGUGGUUCUGCCCGGCUUCAUUCCCCCCAGCAGAGGUCGUGCUACGGACUGCGCGGCUCUACUUUCCCCAGAUAACUAACAACAGAGAGGAUAAUUCGCUCAGUUUGAAGCAAAGACAAAGCCGCAGCUUCCAUAUUAUUCUUAAGUCUGUCGCUAAACGCGCACCCUCCCCCCUCCCCGAGGCACCGCUGAAUGUCAGCGCCGCGGCGCAGCGUGUGCGCGCCUCCCUGCGCCACUCGGGGACGACGGCCGGACCGAGCGGAGCAAGAGCGAUAGGGCGGAUUUAAAAAAAACAAAAAAAAAAGAUCCUGUUCAGCGCGGCUUCCCGGCCACCCUCCGCCCCCCACCCCACCUCCCCUAUCACCACCCCACCCUCCGCCCCCUCCCUCCCUCCCCCGUCCCCUCCCCUCCCCUUCAGCUCUGGACCACGACCGGACCGCGGGACGCGCCGUGUCUUCCCCCUUUGUUGAAGGCGCAGAGGGGUUGAUCCGAUGCAUUAUUUACGACCGAAACUUCAGCAACUCACCCUCCGGAUAUGGCUCCCGGUUUGAAGGGCGUGCGAGCGGGUCACCCCGUGGUGGUCGGAGCCGGACGAGCGGACCCCGGUGGGACCUCCCCGCGGAAGAAGGAUGUCGGAGGAGAGGUGACGCGUUCGAGGACCAGGUGGCGACCCGGAGCCGCGGGGAUGCUCGCCGACUGUCUGCUCUCCGUGGGGAUGCUUUCACUCCUCGCCCGGUGCGCCGUGUCCGCAGAGGAAAAAUCCACCUACGUUGCUUCCGACUCAAUUGACCCUGCAGUCACAGCUGCCCCUGCUCAUCCACUGGCUGACCUGUCCGUGGCGGAGGAGGUGCCUUUCUCAGCCGUCCAUUCGGAUGGCGACUCAGAGUCUGAGGGGGAAGGUUUGUCGGGGCAGCCCGCCUUUUCCUCCGUCUUAACCGCCAUGGCGGGAACUCUCAAACAUCCGCUGAGCCUUGAUGAAAGUAGAACUUCGCCAACCAUCACCAGGGAUGAGACCCACACCACCCAAUGGCCUUCACGGACCUCCAGCCGCGGCUCAGAGACGUCCUCCUCAUCUGUCUCUGCGGGAGGCAGGAUCACCCUCGCCAGCUCAGAGGCGGGGACGGAUGAGUUAACCGCUGGAACAUCAGGAGCGGUUACGCGCACUUUCCCCAAAGAAAAAGCAAGCGGUUUAGCGCCCUCUCAAUCAGCCAGAAUCCCCCUCUCUGCUGGGCCCACCGAGAGAACAUCUCAGGUAUCACCUCUGCACCCUCGACAGGACCCCCUGACCCACUCUGUGCAGCCCACCGCCACAUCGAAUCACCUCAGCACUACUGCGCCUUCCCCGAGCGUCACCGGCACCGGAACCACGACGUCGACCACCACCACCACCACCACCACCACCACCACCAAAACGCAGCCUCCGCCUGUGACCAGGAGAACCACCACCACCACCACCAGGACUCUAACCAGCAGGAGAAUAUUCACACCGCCUUUCCCCAGGGAGACCACCGGCAUCUUUGUAUCCCCUUUUACCACCACCACGGAGGCACCGCCGCAGCAGUGUAACAUCACGGAGAGACUGUGGGUGAAAACAGUUGUUUCUAUUUAUGUGAGAAGAAACAGGCUGGAUAGUAUUCAGAGGCAGAACCUGCGAAGGGGACUAAGUCAGGGCCUCCGGAAAGCUCUGAAUGAUACUUCUGCUCAAGCACAGGUGGAGACAGUAUUUGGUUCUCCCAACAUGACGGUGGCUUAUCACGUGACUGGAGCGGACAUGGUGUACCCUCCUUCUGUGGUGCUUGAAGGCUUGGACUCUUAUGGCCGUGAUAAGCUGAUUUCAGACCUGCGACAGUACCUCCCCAUGGUAACAGCCCUGCCCCUCCCAGUUGCAUUAUGGAGAUCCAGCCCAGCACCUGGCUUCCAACUGAAAACAGUGCUUCAGUUCGUGGGAGCGGGCGAUGACCCUCGGUCCUGCCGCUUCUCUCAGAUGAUGGAGCAGAGGCUGGAACGGGUGUUUUCUGAAGCACAGGCCAAAGUGCUCAACGCCUACAGCAGACUCUCUGUUCAGAUGCUGAGUGUUUCCCAGGCAGCUGGUUCUCCUGCUGUGUCAUUGGUUUACACUGUGAGGAAUGGGACUGUCUUUCUUAAUGGCACCACUGCCUCAAAUCUCCUUAGUCAGCUGUCAGCUGAGCUGGUGGGCUACUUCCUCUUCUAUCCACCACUUAUGAUUGCUGAGCCGCUGGAGUAUCACAAUCUGAACACCUCCAUUGCUACCAGAGACUUCUGGGUUAUUACAGUGAUCCAGGACGUGGAUAACGCCAGCUUGGACGGACAGUACCAGAGCUUUGCCAGUCUAAUGGAGCAGCGUCUGGCAGAGCUGUUUGUGUUGGCAGGUCAGCAGGGCACUCGCUUCAAACGAGCCACGGCUGUAGGCAGCUACACUGUCCAGAUGGUGAGUAUCCGUCGGUUGUCGGCGGUGAAGAAUCCAGCCGAGAUGACCUACUAUGUCCAGAACAAUGGCGUUCCUUUAUCGGGCACGUCAGCCGCCAAGGUCCUGAACACAGUGGAUUCUCAGACUGUGGCGCUCACGCUCGGCUACUUUGUCCAGCCGCAAGCAGAACCUGUGGUCAAGAACCCUCCUAAUAACCUCUGGAUAAUCGCUGCAGUGUUGGCCCCCAUCGCCGUGGUAACACUCAUUAUCAUCAUCAUCACAGCUGUGCUGUGCAGAAAGAAUAAAAAUGACUUUAAAGCUGAUGCCAUCGGAAACCUAAAUCCCCGAGCUAAGAUGGCAUAUCGGAGAGAUGUCGGCUAUUAUCACCAGCCGGUGCAGGGCUUCGACUAUGCCAAGCAGCACCUGGGCCAGCAGGGGGGAGAUGAGGAGACCCUGCCUGCCAGUCAGGACACCUUAGUGAUGUCUCUACAAAUCCGGGACACACCACUUUCACUAGAAAAGGCCCUGCAGCAAGACGGAACCGCCAAUAAGAAAAGCCUCACUUCUGACAAACACAGGAGCAAGUUGCCGAGUGAGGACGGUUCCGUCAUCAGCAACGAAUCAGAGAAGCUGAAUUCCAGCCGGAGCUUGACGGUGCUGAAAGUCACAGCGCAGCAGAAACCGACAAAGGAGGAGACGUGCAAGAGGGACGAUGCAUAUGACACCUCCUCUGGCUCCCUGCAGCUCAUCUCCGUAAAGCCCACGGCAGGUCAGCCCCACUACACACACCCUGCGUCCUCUGACCGCGGCCAGGACUCAGCCAUCGUCAAUGGAGAGGUGAACAUGGCUCUGAAGCAGAAGUCGGACAUUGAGCACUACAGAAACAAGCUGAGACUGAAGGCUAAGAGGAAGGGCUAUUAUGACUUCCCUUCUACAGAGGGCAGCAGCAGUGGUCGAGCUGUGCGGCACAGCCAUGAGAGGGCAGCCGGUGAGCAUGGCAGACCACUGGAGCCUGAUGAUGAGCGAGGUUCCACUUAUGUCAAGUCUCACAGGAGACACUCCCAAGUAGGGCAGCCAGCGUAUCGCAGCAGACAGAGUCUGAGCAGUCCCAGCCCGGGAGGGACAGAGAUGGACCUGCUGGUUAUGAGGGAGAGACCCAGGAGAGGCAUCCGCAACAGCGGCUAUGACACGGAGCCCGAGUUGAUUGAGGAGACGAACGUCGACCGUCUGAUGGGGCCACAGGGAUUCAUGUAUGGCCAGGGCUUGAAAGGCCACUCGGAGACAUCCACCCUGAGCUCUCAGCCGUCCAUUGAUGAAGUGCGACAGCAGAUGCACCUGCUGCUGGAGGAGGCGUUCAGCCUGGCGUCGGGGGGUCAGUCCACAUCCGGGAGACACUCCCAUCACCACCACCCACCUCCUGACCACUACAACCCCGCGCCGACGCCCCUCCCAUACGCAGACGUGGUGACCAGCGCCCCGGGUACGAUGAGCUGUGGGAGGGGGGGCUUGCAGUGGGUGCCAUCCUAUGGUGCAGAGAUGUAUCAAUGCAGCCUGCCCAAACCUGCCUUUCGCUUCACCCAGCUUCCUGAGAUGGCCAUGGGCUCUCCUCCCCCUUUACCGCCUCGUAAUGGACCACCUCCUGGGAACCCCUUAAGACGUUCCACUUCUGACUUGGGGCCUAAGGCAAGGAGCUCAGCGACAUCUGUCACGGAAAGGCAAAGUCAACAUGACGACAACCCAUAUGGGCCAACAACUCGAGCAGUACUUCCAUCUAUCACUGCAGAGCAGCCUGUGUCCAACUACUCAGGAAACCCAAUAACAGCCGUCUAUGCCAUCCCAGCCACCAGGCCCGGCUACUCAGAAUACUUAGUCACCACACCAACCACGUCCUACCACAGUCCCUCCUGGAUGUCCUAUCCACCAGAACCUGAGGAUCUGCCACCGCAGUGGGCAGACUCGGUUCCCCUUCCCGGGUAUGUAGAGGCUUUUCCUCAUCCUCGCUACCCACAGGGGAGCCCCACCAGGUUGCCCCUGCAGUAUAACCAAGCACUUGAGCGGCCACCCACUUCCCCAUGCCCGGUAUCCCGGGAAAGGCUUUCUCACGCCGUGAAGGACAUGGACAGCAUGCCCCUGAGCAGCCUCUCCACCUCGGCACUGGUGCAGGCGAUCCGGCUGGAGGUGGCCAAGCUGGCGCAGAAGCAGAACGACGUGUUUGAUUUUUGAGCUUUUGUUUCGAUUCUCUCCUUGUAUGCAGACAAUGGUAAACUGUGCAUUGGCAGUGCUCCUUCUGACCGUUUUUUUUAAUGUUUGUCCUGUAAAAUUAACCGCUGAUUUGUUUUUUGUUCACAUGGCCUUGGUGUAUUGCAGCUCCUGAAAAGACUGUUUUAUUUUUGGAAAGUAAUGCCAACCCUAUUAAUGAUGUUCCAAGUAACUACAUGCAUCUCUUUUUUGUAGAUAUGUCAAUAGGAUACACUUAAUGUGGAGAAUAUAGUUUGUUUCUAUGUUAAGAUUUUCUUUUGUGAAUCAGAAUGAAUUUAGAAGAGGGAAAAAGUAGCAUCGUUGUGUGUACUGACAAGAGCAGACCACAUUGUAUAUGAGCAUGUACAGUUCUUAUCUCCUUUUAUAAGCCGUGAGCGUCAACGGCUUACAUCAAUAUCACUUCAUUCACAUUAAUCUACCACAAAUUCUUCAUUCAUUUUCAUAUCGGAUACCAACAUCAUAACAGUUAGUUCCUGUCAAUUAAACCAUGCAUUGCAUUUAGUUCAAAUCUUUUGAACAAUUGAACGUGGAACCUUAAGUUGCAGAGGAUGAUGUAACAAAUAUAUGGGCAUAUUUGUAUUCACAUAUCAGAAAAAUGUGGAAAAGCCUUUAUCUCUUAGUUUGGGCGUGCACAAGGUAAUUUGACUUGAAGGACAUAAAUGUGAAUACUUAAAAACGUCAACUUUAAGAAACUCAAAUAAAACGGUAAGUUUUAUACAGUAUAUAUGGGUGUUAUGAUGCACAGAUGAUUCAUGUACAUUCACCUCCAAAACCUUUGUCACAAAACAAUUCUCUUUCUUCAUGUUCAGUUAAACUACAAACAAAGUUAUCAGUGUUUUUUUUACUGGCCUUAAGACAUCUUAAUGGUCUCAAUGGGUGCAUUUCAUGAAUGAAGACAAAAGUUCAUGUAAACUACUGACCUAAUGAGAGGUCUUACAUCAGUACUCCUGUUCUAAGAAGUUUUAAGUGCACAAACCAUUGUGUAACAUUGUGAAUGUCUGUCUGAGCUUUGACUCCGUUUCAUUGUACACCUGAGUACUCGUUAUUUUCCCAAGAACUGCUUUAGAAGCACUGAGCAGUGUGAACAUAUCAGUGUGGAGCAGCAAAGCACCAUGGAUGCAUCCAUUUUGUUAGAUGCAAAUUUCAAAUAUGCUGAGGUAGAAAUUUACCUUAAAUACUGAUUGAGGUUUUGACAUUUGUUUAAAAAUGUUUUCUUCACAUUAGGCAACAAUAUUUAUUAUGUUUUAAAUGUAACAUUAGUGCAUCACCAUGUAAGAAGUGGUCAAAUUAGAUGAAACAAACAAACAAAUAAAGGUCAAUGAGCCUUCCAAUAGCUACUACAAUUAAGGAAAUUCAGCUUGCUAGUACUAUUCCAGCAGCAGUGUAUGAGGUCAACUCUUUAAUUAGUGGACAAUCUGAUCUAAUGCAUUAUCCAAUUUAGCUUAUUGUGCAGCGGCACAUUUCUAAUAUGAAUCACUUAUUUGGCCGUCUUAAUCUGCUCUGUCACCCUGGUUUAUUUAGUCUUUUUUUAAACCACCAUAUCAUGACAGUGAACAAAACUAAACAAUACAAAUGUUCGAUGAACGCUUAAACCUUCCUCACAUGAAAGACUUUCUCAGUUAAAGGCAUCAAUUCCUUCAAUUAAUUAGGAUGACGUUUAAAUGUGGAAUUGCUAGCCUGGGAGUGGAAAGUUGGACUGACUGUAGAUGAUUACCUGUAACCCCAAAGCAAGGGUGCUGUGAUGUGUUUGCAUAAACACUGAGAUUACGUUUACUAUGUUAUUGAAAGUCACGUGAAAUGCUUUGCUGAUUAGUAAAGAUUAGUUAAAUGCAUUCUGUCAUAAGAGAGAAGGCAGUUGUUGUGAGUGAAAAUGACUUGAUAUCAUUUAAAUAGGACAGUAUCUUAAUUGCAGCAAUCCUGGAAGAAUUCAGCCUUUUGGCAUUAUGGUUUUCAAACCUCGCCCUCUUCAAGAAAUAUUAAUUUGUACUCAUGCCUGUUUGUGUCUAAGUAGGUAUAAUGAAAUAUGUCUUGAUCUCAACAAGAACUUUGUUGCUGCUUGUUUCCCCGAUAUUCCUUUUACCCAUUAUUCAGAGGAGCACUUAAUGUCUUAAGAACUGAACUUAAUACAGUGAAACCAUUUUUGUGUUUACCAGAAAUGAACACCUUUCCACAUUCCCAUGCUGGAUAACUGAGAAUACUUGGCGAUAUUAAAAAGAAGGGUUUUAUUUGGUUUAUUGGUUAAGAGAGAUGUAUUUAUUCUAUAAAAUGAUAUUACAUAAAGUGAGCUAAACCUAUUAAAAUCAAUGUCUUUUUGUCUUCCUGA